AUCCGAAGUGCGAAUGGCGGACUCACUUUUCGUCUUCUUGUUCCCAGAUCGGAGGACGAGCGUCGCUGGAAGCUCUCUCGCCACGAGACGUUCUCGCGCAUGCGCAUCAAGCUCUGCCCCAACCACGCCUUCGACAGCCACAUGCAGGCCAGCUCGCUCAGGGACAACGCGGGUAUAAUGGACUUUGAACCUAUGCUCUUUGGAACGGGCUAUGAAGGAGCUGAAAGGGCCAGCGUAAAGCGGGACAGCGUGGGGCCGCCGGGCGCGUGGCUGUGGAAGACGCAGCAGCUGCCGGCGCUGGAGAUCCCGGGCGCCGUGCGGCGCGACGCGGCCGACGACUCCCCGCCCGACGAGGACGACCUGCUCAGCCUCAUGCCCGACGCGCAGAGCGAGGCGGGCGGCGGCGCGAGCGCGGGCGGCGCGCAGGGCGGCGCGGCGGCGCCCAAGGACAAGCCGCUGGUGUCGGAGUCGUGCGAGCUGGUGACGCUCAUGAGCCGCGUCACCGGCCGCCUCGAGGUGACGGCCGCGCUCGUCAGCUUCCGCGACACCAGCCCCGUGCAACGCGGCGACGCCGCGCCCGAGCGCAUGGACUUCAAGUUCGCGCUCUCGCGCCUGCGGGAGAUCCACCUCCGCCGCUACAACCUAAGGCGCAGCGCCCUCGAGUUCUUCCUCACGGACCAGACCAACUACUUUCUCAACUUCUCUGCCAAGACGCGCAACAAGGUGUUCACGCGCAUCCUGGCGCUGCGGCCGCCCAACCUGUCGUCGUUCAGCAGCCGCUCGCCCGGGGAGAUGCUGCGCGCGUCGGGCCUCACGCGCAAGUGGGUGCAGCGCGAGAUCUCCAACUUCGAGUACCUCAUGCACCUGAACACGCUGGCCGGGCGCACGUACAGCGACUUGUCGCAGUACCCGGUGUUCCCGUGGAUCCUGGCGGACUACACGAGCGAGCGCCUCGACCUGGACAACCCGGCGUCGUUCCGUGACCUGGCGCGGCCCGUGGGCGUGGUCAACCCGCGCAACGAGGCCGAG